AUGAAAAGAUUGAUCCCCGCAGUCAAAGAGGGAGUCAUGUCUGUUGACAUGUUUACGAAGCCUAUUAGUCUGACAUUCAGAGGAAAAGAUAAGUUCACUUCCUUAUUGGGAGGGAUAGUUUCAACUUUCUUGAUUAUGGGUGUUAUUGCAUACUCAAUUCAACUGAGUAUUCAGAUGUUCAGUAGAUCAGCAACAAGCAAGUCAAAGAGUAGCAUUCUAAAAGAUAUUAUCAAUAUUGAAGAUUUUUAUGAUAUUGGAGAGGAUAGUUUUGAUUUUGCAAUUGCACUAUUGUACCAAGAAUCUGGUGUCCCAAUGAUAGACCCUACUUACUUCAAUAUUUCUAUCGCUCAGCGAGACUAUGAAUAUGAUUUUUAAUAGCAAUAGUGUGAUCGUAACAGAUACAGAACGAAAAGUCUCUAUCUGUGGAGAGAGAUAUCCAAAAAUAAAUGAAAAGAUCGACUCUCGCCGAUCUUCAUUUAUGAACAUAUCUUAUUGCUCUGAGGAUAAAUAACUUCUCCAUCGGAGGGAGUAUUUAUGUAAGCAAGCUGAAAAGCAUGAAGAUAGAAUUAAAGAAGUGAGUGAAUGGCACUUCUGUGGUAUGAAAAUCUACAGCUGAGAUUAACCAAAAGGCUGAAAAUUUAUCAAUGUUUAUAAUCACAGGGCCUAAGUAUUUUGACUUUGAUGAUUAUGAUAAUCCUAUCAAAGGGCAUCUUGACGAUCAAUAUAAUUUCAGAGUUGCUGCAGGGAUAAGAAAAUAUGUUAGAAUGUAUCUUCGAAAAAAUAAAGUUUCUCUACUAGACAGUGUGUAUCCAUUUGAUAUUGAGCAAGAAAAAUCAUUCUAUUCAAUUGGAAAACAUAAUUUAGAUUUUACAAAUGAACAUAAUACUAACGAUCCAUACUUAAUUGACUUUGAGAUUUUUCAGGAUAAUACUAUAGAUUUGUAUGAAAGAAGAGUCUACUCUUUUCUUGAUUUGACUGGCCAACUUGGUGGAUUCUUUGAAAUAUUGGUCAUAUUUGGAGGACUCUUCGUCAAUUACUUCUCAACCAAACUUUAUAAUUACUCGCUCUUCAAUCAACUUUAUUGAGCCGAUAACAAUUAUUGCAGUCUUCACAAAUCUGAAAUCCAAAUUCAGCCGAAGCCUUCAAAGCCAGUCCAUAAGCAUUUUCAAAGAGAGCAAAACGAAGUAGUUAAGAGCCAAGAAAGUUCUGUUUCAAAUGGAUCCAGCAACCAGAAUGAUCCACUUGAUAAAUAACGAUACCAAAACAAAGCUUAUAGAUCUGAUCAGAGCCAAACUGCUUGCAACCAGGACAUUCAGCUUCUCGUUCAAAGACUACUUGAAGAGCUGUCUGCCUUUUGUCAAGAACAGACCCAAGUCCAGAUACCAAGAACUUAAUCACAGACUUAAUCGCGAGUGAGAUCUGCCAGAAGUCAUAGGAGCGCUGCGUCAACUCAAGACUCUUGUGAAGAUGCUGGCCAAUGACCAUCAGCGUUUGCUAAUGAGCUUCGACUCCAGAGGCAGGCUCGGACAAUCACAAGCGAAACAGAGCUCAACCUCAGACACUUUAUGCAACCACCAGUUUUGGCUUGAAGCUGAUUUUCCUUCAAAGCACAAACCAAACAUCGAAAGUUAUCAGUCAAGAGUGGAUGUAUUGGUUGAGAAGCUCAAGGAAGUAACUCCAGACGAACUCAAGCGAGACUCUCAUGCAAUCCUUGGCAUCAGUUAUCGUGAGUCCCGAAUGGAAUCUCGGGUAGAAUCUCAAGUGGAAUUUGCAGAAGAACCCCACUCGAAGUGCUCUAAUCCAGCAAUUGAUUCGAACAACACCAAAGACAAAAGUCUAUCAAAAAUUGGUUUGAUGGAGGAAGAGAAGGAAAAUGAGGAUUGGAAAGAGUACCCUGUGAAAGACUUCAAAGAUAUUUAA